AUCAUCCAACGUUUUAUUUUUGAUGUGAAUCGUUUUGACGAAUAUUUUUCUAUAUUAUUAAAGACAAUUACCUUAAUUUUGGUGUUAGAUUUAUUUUUAUUAUAUUGUUUAUGUGUAUCGUGUUAAGAUGACGACUGAAAAAGUUUGUAGAAAGGACAAAAAUCAAAACAUACAAGUCUUCGUUCGACUACGGCCACUAAAUCAGCGGGAGCGUGACAUCAAGUCCUUGGGGGUGGUGGAAGUAGUAAACAGCCGUGAGGUGGUGGUAAAGCAGUCACAGCAGACUUCACUCACUAAGAAGUUCACCUUUGACCGUGCAUUUGGACCACAUGCUAAACAGGUGGAAGUAUACCAGGAUGUGGUGAGUCCGCUGAUAGAAGAGGUCCUUGCGGGCUACAAUUGUACCGUGUUUGCCUAUGGGCAGACCGGCACGGGCAAGACCCACACCAUGGUUGGGGAGAGCACCGGUGAUGAGACCACUUGGCAGAGUGACCCUCUGGCCGGCAUCAUACCGCGAGCACUGAGCCAGCUGUUCGACGAGCUGCGCAUCUCCAACACGGAGUACACUGUCCGCGUAUCCUACCUCGAACUCUACAACGAGGAGUUGUUUGAUCUGCUCUCCUCAUCCGAAGACAACUCCAAGCUGAGGAUCUACGAGGACGUCACCAGAAAAGGAUCCAAUAUUGUUAAUGGCUUAGAAGAGAUCACGGUAUACAACAAGAAUGAAGUGUACAAGAUAAUGGCUCAGGGGCAGGAGAGGAAAAAAGUGGCAUCCACACUAAUGAAUGCUCAGUCAAGUCGCUCGCACACAGUCUUCACGAUCGUAAUUCACAUGAAAGAGAACAGUCCCGAGGGCGAGGAGCUGGUGAAGAUCGGCAAGCUGAACCUAGUGGACCUGGCCGGCUCGGAGAAUAUCAGUAAGGCGGGCUCGGAUAACCCCGCCAAGAGGGAGAGGGCUAGAGAGUGCGUCAACAUCAACCAGUCCCUUCUCACCCUUGGCAGAGUCAUCACCGCACUUGUGGAGCGACAUCCGCACAUACCUUACAGAGAAUCCAAACUGACGCGCAUUCUCCAAGAGUCGCUCGGCGGUCGCACUAAAACAUCGAUAAUAGCCACCAUUUCCCCCGGACACAAGGACCUGGAAGAGACUAUGAGCACUCUGGAGUAUGCGCACCGCGCCAAGAACAUCCAGAACAAGCCAGAGGUGAACCAGAAGAUGACCAAGAAGGCCAUCUUGAAGGAGUACGCCGAGGAGAUUGACAGACUGAAGAGAGAUCUUCAAGCAGCCAGGGAUAAGAGUGGUGUUUAUCUAGCGAACGAAACAUUCGCCGAGAUGACAUUAAAACAAGAGGAGCAAAAGAAGGAGAUACAGGAGUUGCUGCUCAAGAAGAAAGCGAUGGAGGACGAGCGCGACCGCAUGGUGGCCGUGUUCGCGGACUUGAGCCAGCAGCUGGAGCAGCGGGAUAGCGAGCUAAACGAUACCAGGAGCAAGCUGGACACCACCCGGCUCCAGCUGGUCAAUACCAGCAAUAUGCUGGAGUCGACGCGGCAGCAGGUGGCCGAGCAGCAGCACUUGGUGGCGGUGCACAGCAGCACCGAGCAGGUGCUGGGCGGGCAGGCGCGAGUGCUGCUGGGCGCCGCCGAGGCGGCCGCCGCGCACGCCGCCGCGCUGCGGGACGCCGUCGCGCGCCGCGCCGCCCGCGACGCCGCCAACGCGGCCGCCGCGCGCUCGCUGCGACACCACGCAUCCUCCGCCCGCCGCCGCCUCGCCGACCGCGCCGCCUGCGCCGCCGACAAACUGCGGCAGGCGCACCGGCGGCUGCACCGCACCGGAGAAACUUUCACUACAAACACAACGCAAACACAAGAAGUAAAUAAACAGAAAAUGGAAGAAUUAGCGCAAAGGAUAACAGACAUAACGACAGAGAUCAAAGUAGCGGCAUCGCAGGCGCAAUCGGAUUUGUCUCAAAACGUGAGCUCACAGACUACAUCGACGCAGGCAGCGCUGCAGCGCCACAGCGAAGCGCUGCAACGUGCACUGGAAGCGCUGGUGACGGCCGUCGCGAGCGGCCACCAGCGCGUCGCCGACCUCGGCCUCACCACUAGCGUCGCUAACUUCGUGCGACAGUGGGAAGAGGGGGCCUGUGCCCGCGUGCGGUCGCUGCAGGCUGCGCACGCGGCGUACUGCGGCCGCGCCGCCGCCGCAGACAGCCGCUGCUCGGCCGCCGCCACCGCCGUCCGCGACCAGCGCCGCCAGCGGGCCGCCGCGCGUGUCGCCCGCGUCAGGGACACCAUAGCCAAAAUCGAAGAAGAGAAAACGUUAAUGGAGGACAGACUUUCGAAAAGGCUCAACGAUUGGGUGGAAACAGAAACUAGAUUGUUAGAAGAACGACUAGCGCGCCACGCGGCCGCCGAAAGACAAGCAUUAGACGACAGACUAAAAAAGAAGAUGGAAGAGGUAGAGGAAGAACGGAAACUUCUAGAAGAGAGGAUAACGGAGCAUAUACAACAGCAGAAGUUACAAUUAGAGGCUGAUGAAGAAGAGAUGAAGCAGAUUGAUGCAGAUUUAGAGAUGAGUGAAGAAGUAAAAGAAGAACGUGUAAAGAAUAUGAAUAAAUAUGGAAAGGAAUUUGAGGAAGGAACAAGCUCCGUCAGCGUAGAGAUGGAGGUGUUCAGCAAAAAUGUGGUGGAAGUCGUGGACCACAUCAACAAUGAGCUGAUGCAAGUGUUACACCAAGCCAAAGAACUCAUUGAGCGCGAGGCGAAUACCACAAUGGAGGCCGAGCGCGCGACUUCGCGACAACUCGAGGACGACAUCGGCUCAGUUCUCGCCGGGGUGCAGCACAGCACGGGACUACUGCUGCACACUGUUAUUGACAAGGUCGAGGCUAACAGCACGUCGACAACACAAGAGCUAUCAGCUCUCGCCACCACGACUGGCGAAUUGAUAACACUGUCGAAAGAGAACAUGGAUGCUCAGUCGUCACUUGUGACGGAAGCGCAGACAGCCAUGACAGAGUUCGAGUCUGAAUUGACGGAGGCGGUCGAAAGGCAUGAUAAAUUAGAGGAGAAAUACCUCUCGCAAGAGUUCAAGCCUUAUUCUCCCACUGGCACGACUCCGCUGCGCGGCGAGUACUCGUUCCCGCGGUCGCUGGCCGCCACCUCGCCGCACCACCGCAUCCUCGCACGCUUCCGCGCCAUGCGCACUGCCUCCACUCAGGAUGAUGAUUGCAUGGUGGUGGAAAGUGAGGAGAUGCGGCCCAGCGACUCGGAGAGCUCGCUGUCGUCCGCCUCCGAGGACUCGGCCGCCUUCGCCACGCCCUCCCCGCCCGCGCAGCCCGACGACCACAAGCCCAUCGUCAAGAGUACCUCCGAGACUGACAUAUACGUUAUUAGAAAGCAGCAACAAAACCAAGGAAAAGAGAAUCCCAACAAUUCCGUAACGUACAAGAAAACCACCAAAAUACCAGCGCCGUCGUCGCUCAAGAAACCACUCGUGGAACGGAACGGUAUCAACUGAUAUCGCACCAUGGAACACGGCCUCGCGGGCGUAACGGCAGAGUUUACAUCGUAUACGAGGAUCUGGGUUCGCUUCUCGAUCGGACCAAAUUAUGACUGGCUUCAGGAUUAUGAAGGAUUGUAUUACAAAGUUUAUUUGGCCUUUCAAAUGCCAAGUUUAACAUGUUAAUAGUUAUAUAUUAUAUAUAUAAUAUAUUUGGUAUAAAAUAGUAUAUGUAUAGUUCACAGCGAACAAUUAGUUAGGAAUCAUAGAUUCAAGUCGAUUGCCUGGCUACCUCUGUCCUAUUUGUGUUUCAACCGUGAAGCAUUUGUGUUUGCAUGGCUGUGUUUCGGUUUGAAGGGUGGGAUAUGGCGUAAAUUUAAAGGGUACAGAGGAAUAACACCUGAGUCAUCAGGAAUGGCAAUGCAUGGGGGGUAUCAUGGGCGAAACAGUGUACUCUGUUAUGUCCAUGGUACUGCUCAUGUCUAUAGGCGACGGUUACCACUUUCCAUCAGGUGGGCCGUCAGCUUGUUUGCCAUUCUAAGUUGCAUAAAAAAAAGACUAUGAAUGUUACGCACAUUGCUCGCUAGAUGCUUUUGUAUGUGAAAUCAAUACCAUUAUGAUUUAUAAGUGAUGGGAAUCAAAGAGAUCGCUUAUGUAGAAAUAUGAUAAUUUACCCAGGUUAUUUUAACAUGUGGUCCCGGCAUAGAAUAGGCCACCCCUACCUUUCCCGUGGGUGUCGUAAGAGACGACUAAGGGAGAACGAGGAAUGCAGUGUUCCUCUUAAAACAUCUGUAAAACCUAAAUGUUGUUGUCAAUACGCCUGCCAAACGUGACAACUACUGGCAAACCCCCUCAAGCAUAGGCUUAUGUUUCGCAGUGGACGUUACGACCAGGUCACACCGACCGCGGUCAUGAUUAGACUUAUUUAACAAUAUAGAUAGAUAGAUAGAUAGAUAAACACUUUAUUUGAGCCAUUUAUGACACACGUAAAUUAAUGAAUAAAAUGAUACAAUUUGAUUAUUUACAUUUUUUCAAAUAUAAAACAACAUAUAAAACAAAAAAUGAAUAUUGGAGAUAUGUUUUCACCGUGUGUGUCGCAGUGACCCAAAAAGGCUACAGCUCAGUGAUGCUUUUGCUUAAAAGCAAAGCACUGAUUUUCAGCUGCAACCUGAAGUAAGGCUACACGGACGCGUGCAACAAACCCAGAGUGUAACCUGUGUAACCAAUUUAAUAGCAAAAGGUAAAAUUAUAUUAUAUAGAUACAUACUUAUAUAGAUGAUGCAUAAAAUAUCAUUUAUAAACUAUAAAUCCUACUACGCGAAAGACUAAAAAUUAAUAUUAAUAUUGACUUGUGGGAUUGUACGUUAUGGUAUGUCCUCUCCCCCCCCCCCCCUUUACGAGAUAGGGCGUAACCACAUCAUUUACUCGUAAGGUGUUUUGAUUCAUCAAGUUUCUUCUGUCAAGAAGUUGAUGUAAGAUGUGGAUUAGACGGUCAUACACAUUUAUAUUUGUAAGAAGUAAGAUUAGGACGAUGUUAUGAACAAAAUUAAUGUAAGUUUUCAUGCAUACAUUGUAUAUUUAAGUGGCAAAUGUUCAUUCUAUGUGCUUUUUUUUUUUUUCUAUAUUUUUAAAUUACACAAUGUAGAAAUAAAAUAAUUAUAUCUGAAUGUAAUGUAAUCUGGAUCUGUUUAUGUAUUUUAAUAAAAUAUAGGUAUUUUCGCAUGUUUACAUUGCUUAUGGUAAUUGUAUAGGUGGCAAAUUUAACAAUAUGUCGCCUAUUAUGUUAUAUAACAAUUGUUUUAACCAAUAACUGUAUUUUUUCGCAUUAGGAAUUUAGUUAGUUAAAGAAAAAGGCGAGAAAUUAUUUUGAUGUUAUUAUGAACAAAGAUUUUGGAUGUGCAAACUGGUGUUGCAGUUAUGGCAAUUUAAAAAAAAAAAACAAACUAAAUCUUUAAAUAACAUAGUUUACCAUUACCAUGGUUGAUGUAUAUGAACAUAGUAGGGUAAACGUCAAAAUUACAAUGUCUGUAUUACAGUCACGUGUACAACGGGGAUUUUAUUAAUUUAUUGUUUGUCGUAUGGGAAGGCGAGACGUGACGCAAAGCGACAUGCGCCCCCUGAACAAGACUUACGAAUAAAGUCCAAACUAUUGUCGGAAACAACAAAUAUGGUCAUUUCGUACAAUUCUCGUUGUAAAUAUUUAACUCAAAGCCUGAUUUUUUAAAUCAAAUUAAAAAUAUAUAAGUGUACCCUUUACUGUGUUUACUAAUGGGGAAAAAUAGUAAAAAAAAUCAAUACGAUAUUUUUAUAUAUUUAU